AUGAUCAUCAGUUCCUGCAAUGUGAGAAGAGAACCGUGCGAAUUUAUGUCGUUUCAGAUCGGCAUCCUUGGUUUGCCAAACGUUGGAAAGAGUACAUUCUUCAAUGUCCUUACCAAGUCUCAAGCGCAAGCCGAGAACUUCCCAUUUUGCACCAUUGAUCCGAAUGAAAGUAGAGUUCCGGUUAGCGAUCCGCGCUUUGAUUGGUUAGUAGAACAUUACAAACCUGUCAGUAAAGUGCCAGCCUACCUCAACGUCACAGAUAUUGCUGGUUUGGUAAAGGGGGCAGCUGAAGGACAGGGAUUAGGCAAUGCUUUUCUUUCCCAUGUAUCUGCAUGCGAGGCCCUCUUCCAUCUCUUGAGGGCUUUCGAGGACGAAGACGUCACUCAUGUUGAAGGUGAGGUCGAUCCUUGUCGCGACUUGGACAUCAUCAGCGACGAGUUGUUUGCCAAAGAUUUACAGCUGUUGUCUGGAAUUCUUGAUAAGGUUGAGAAGUUGGUUACAAGGGCCGGAGACAAAUCUCUGAAGGUGGACUACGAUACCCUGCUGCGGGUGAAGAAAAAUUUGGAGGAGAAAAAGCCGAUACGAUUGGACUCAUGGAAUGAGAAAGAGAUUGAGGUAUUGAACAAGCAUUUAUUCUUAACUGCGAAGCCAAUCGUCUAUCUGGUCAAUCUCUCGGAAAAGGACUACAUACGCAAGAAGAACAAGUGGCUGCCCAAGAUCAAAGAGUGGAUCGACAAAAAUGAUCCAGGUGCAUCACUAAUUCCAUUUUCGGGAGCGUUUGAAUCGAAAUUACUCGAUAUGCCGGAGGAUGAACGUGAAAAAUUCCUAAAAGAGCACCAGACAAGUUCAAAUUUAGAUAAAAUAGUUCAUAUUGGCUAUAAAGCUCUACAGUUGGAAUACUUCUUUACUUCUGGAAAGGAUGAAGUGAAAGCUUGGACUAUCCAGAAAGGAACUCUGGCGCCAAAAGCAGCUGGGCGCAUCCACACAGAUUUCGAGAAAGGUUUCAUCAUGGCUGAAGUUAUGAAAGUUGCUGAUCUAAUGGAGCUUGGCGAUGAAAACAAAGUGAGCGAUCAACGUUGUUUUGGUCAUACAAAUUAA